AUGGCACCAACAUACACCCUCUACUAUGGCCGAUUCAUUCAAUUGCCGCGACAACAACAUAGUCAACCAGGAAUCAAGCCCAGUUUGGAGAUAAACACUGGUGUCCUGUGGGUCUUGAAUGCAGAUGGGAUAAUUCAAGGAUUUGAUUGGAGUGUUCCAAUGAAUGAACACGAUGAUGCUAAGGGACAGGACGAGGCUCUGAGUGCAUUUGUGCAGGGAAAGGGGUGGACGGUCGUGGAGAACGGCAGCGAUGAAGGAUCUGUGCAGAAGGACACAGUGAUCAUUCUCAAGGGAUGUCGGAAAGGAGGGAAUUCGUUCUUUUUCCCGGGGUUUAUCGAUACACAUAUCCAUGCCUCACAAUAUCCUAAUGCAGGCAUUUUUGGCUCUUCGACCCUACUGGAGUGGCUGAAAAAGUACACGUUCCCCAUGGAAAGGUCAUUUGAGGGUAAAGAAAAAGCCCCCCCGCAGGCAUACACUGUCUAUAACAAAGUUAUUUCUCGCACCCUUUCACACGGAACAACGACUGCGUCUUACUUUGCUACCAUCCACGUACCAGCAACAAAUCUUCUAGCGACGCUGUGUCAUCGACGUGGCCAGCGCGCUUUCGUUGGCAGAGUAUGCAUGGAUAACCUCGUCUUCUGCCCGGAAGAUUACCACGAUGCGUCAGGCGAGGAAUCCGUAACUGCAACACAGGAAGUUAUUGACUACAUACACAAAUUAGAUCCACAGGGCAAACUCGUGGCGCCCAUAGUCACGCCAAGAUUUGCGCCUACCUGCUCUCAUAAGGUGCUAGGCGAAUUGGGCCAGUUGGCCAAGUCGUAUAACCCGCCAUUGCAUAUCCAGACGCAUAUUUCGGAGAAUAAGAACGAGGUUAUUCUCGUUAAGGAAUUGUUCGAAGAGUCGGAAAGUUACGCGCAGGUUUACGAUGACACGGGGUUAUUGACCCCUCGCACGAUUCUAGCGCAUGCCGUGCAUCUGACUCCCGAAGAGCGCGCGCUUGUCAAGGCGCGAGAUGCGAAGGUGGCACAUUGUCCGGCAUCUAAUAGUGCUUUGGGAUCUGGGCACUGCGAGGUGCGCAAGUUUCUCGACGAAGGAAUUACCGUCGGACUAGGAACGGAUGUUAGCGGUGGUUAUUCACCCAGUAUCCUCGAGACAGCGCGUCAGGCCUGUCUCGUCUCACGAUUGGUUUCCUCACAAUCAGCUGCUUCUGAGACUACGGGUUAUGAAAGUCUUAGUGUUGAAGAGGCGCUGUAUCUGGCAACGAGGGGAGGCGCGCAGGUAGUCGAUAUGGCGGAUCAAAUUGGUGGAUUUGACAAGGGGAUGUAUUUUGAUGCGCAAUUGAUUGAUCUUGGGGCCCCUGUUGAGACAUUAUCUGAGGAUAGUGAAGUAUCUCUAGACGAUGGCCAGGGGGAUACAGGAAAUAUUGAUGUAUUUGGGUGGGAGAAUUGGGAAGAGAAGAUUGCGAAGUGGGUGUGGAAUGGAGAUGAUCGCAAUGUCAAGGCGGUUUGGGUCAGUGGGAGUUUUCUGUCUAUCAUCUCGUAUCUACCUAUGUCCCUCGUUUCGGAGCUUGAUGCACAUUCCGGAUGA